AUGGCCAACCCCCAAACCCCAUCCACCGGCGCAGGCGCCAACAACAACAACCUCACACCCAUCACCAAAAUCAGACUCCUCUCCAGUCGCAAGCCCAUCACCCCACCCACAACAAACACAAACACCCCAAGCCCCCAGCUCAAGCAGACCAAGCUCAAGCUCAAGGCCUCGUCCUCAGCCUCGGCUGACGCCGCCAGUCGCCGCCGCAAACAACACCGCGGCUCAGACGCCGGCAUCUCUCCCGCUCGUCAACCCAAGGAAUCCAAGACCGCCGUCCAAGCAGCAGCCGCAAAGCCGGCAGCAGGCACAGAGGCCACGGGCAUCAUCAACACAACGGGAACAGGAACCUCGAACUGGUCCCCGCGCCAGCGAAUCCACCACUGGCUCAACCAACAAGUCUCCAUCCACCUAGCCCGCCUAAACCCCUCGUCCGCCUUCGCCGUCGCAGCUCGCCUCGGCGCCGCGGCGACGAAGAAGCCGAGGAUCCUCCUCAACACGCAGAACAUUCGCUGGAUCCAGGCGAAGAAUGGCGCCUGGGUGGAGACCUCGCUUCUGACUAGCAAGGAGCUGGCUCUUCAAAAGACGAAGACAUCCGACGACGACGACGACGUUGACAUGAGUGAAUGA